CUUUAUACCAACUGUAAGAUCGCUGGAGAGAGAAACAGGCAUGGCUCUUCUAGCGCCGUGUAAUCUCUGCACUUCAAUCCACCGAAAACCGGCACUUAAUCGACAGUUUCCUUCGCCGAACACCACCAAGUACGCCUUGCAUUUGUCAAAACGUGGCUAUAAAACGACGUCGGAGCUCCAAACGCCGGUAGGAGUCUCCGGUCAAAUUGGUGUCUAUUCACCAUCAGUUCCAACUCACAAAGUCACCGUUCACGACAGACAGCGCGGCCUCGUUCACGAGUUCCUCGUUCCCGAGGACCAAUAUAUACUACAUACAGCUGAAUCUCAGAAUAUAUCGUUGCCAUUCGCUUGUAGACACGGUUGUUGUACUAGCUGUGCUGUUCGUAUAAAAUCUGGAGAAAUUAGACAGCCUGAAGCAUUAGGGAUAUCUGCAGAAUUGAAAUCUAAGGGUUAUGCACUUCUUUGUGUGGGCUUUCCAACCUCAGAUAUUGAAGUCGAAACACAGGAUGAGGAUGAGGUAUAUUGGCUUCAAUUUGGGAGAUAUUUUGCCCGAGGACCCAUAGAUCGGGAUGACUAUGCGUUGGAGUUAGCCAUGGCUGAUGAGUAACUGAGAAUUCAUUUAGUGAAACCUGAGGUUGUACCAUUUCUUUUCUUUUCUUUAAGUACGUGUUUGUAUCCAUUCAUCAACAAUAAUAAGUAUUAUGUUUUUUGGUCUGCAUUUUAGUCCUUUGUUGUUGCACGCAAUCCAUGUAAGCUUUGUUAUUCUUGAAAAGAAUGGGAAGUUUGGGCUUA